GUGGCCGUGCGCAUCUAGCUGUUCUCCGCGGUGUCUCCAGCGCGCAGUUGUCGAGGCGGCGGAACAACAGCGGAUGGUUCGGAUUGUGUUACUCGCCUGAAACAGAUUUGCUGCAUCCUCUGUCUUUGGAAAUCAAAAGGCUGAAUAACUGUUUGUAUGGAAUGACAACUUCUCAGAGAUAUAUUGACUCAAAUCCAGCAGCUCGGUUUGCUGACAUGGAGUGGCAAACACCAGCUGUGUCAGAAAAGUUUCAAAGUCGCUUUGGUCGUCGUCCUGGGACCUCAGACAGUGGGGACACUGGUAUUGGCACGUCAGUGUCUGAUAGUACAGAAGAUUUCUGCAGUACCAGCAGUAGCCCCUCCUUUCAGCCGAUUCGUAGUCAGAUCCCGAUUCCCACUGCACAUGUCAUGCCAUCCACGGCCGGAGCCCCGGCCUCAAAGUCCCAGUCUGGACUGCAGGAUGAUGGACUUUCUUCUGAUCCACGGAGGUUUUCUUCGGGCUCACGGACCCCAAGUGGCUCCACUUCGAAGUCUUCAUCUUUGUCAAAAUCUGCGUCUUCACCAAACCUGGACCUGCCCCUCAGUGUUGGGGCAGACUCUGUGGUGCCAAAGCCGGACUGUCUGAGCCGCUACCGAAGCCUGGUCAAUGGGCUGGACCACUCACUGUUCCCCUCCGAUCACACACGCAUGGAUGAGGGGCAGCGCUUUGACACUCCUGCGGUAGAGCCCACUCUGAACCAGUCUGCACUGCUGGGGGGGCUGGCAGCGGAUGUCAGGUUUCGAUUACAGCCCUCUGGGAUUAGAGACAGUGCAGACACGGUGUCUGACGUCUACAGAGGAGCAAUGGAGCACAGCUAUAAGGUGCUGCCUGAGGCGCGGCCUGGGAUUCCCAGCACUUCAGAGUCUAGUCGGGUCGGGCAGGCCAGUGCCACGGGCUCCUCUGCCCUCUACAGCAGCCCACUGAGUCUUCAGACACAGGCCCUGCUGCGAGAGACCCCUGGAUCUAAGGGGUAUGACCCAUUACAACCGCAGCGCUGUGGUGAACUGUCCAACUGGCAGCAGCAGCAGCAGAAACACCAGCUCGAUAGUCUGCGGCUACAAGUGGAGCAAAUGCAGUUAAUGGGAGGUGGAGUUGGUCAGUACGCGCCUUUGUACUCUUCAUCUGUGCACUCGGAGUCGGGUAAAUGGGAUGCCCUUGUUAAGGCCAGUGAGAGUUUACUGAAGGAGAAGGAGCUUGUGAUAGAAAGACAAAAGCAGCACAUGGCUCAGUUGGAACAGAGACUGAGGGAGAGUGAGUUACAGGUCCAUGGGGCCCUUCUUGGUCGUGGUACUUCCUAUGGAGACAUGCUAAUGCUGAGGUUACAGGAAGCCCAAAGGGAGAAUGCUUUCCUGAGGGCCCAGUUUACAGAGCGCACAGACUGUGCUGCCCUGGAGAAGGCUGAUGCAGAGCGCAGACUUGGGGCUGUGGAGGCAGAGACACGCCGCCUCACUGAAAGUCUGAAGGAAACUAUCGAGAGGCAUGCAGAGGAAAUGAAGAAACAGGAAGAGAGGAUUCGUAGUCGUGACAAACAUAUCAAUAAUCUGAAGAAAAAAUGUCAAAAAGAGACUGAGCUGAAAAGAGAGAACCAGCAGCGGAUUGAGACUUUGGAGCGAUAUCUGGCUGACCUGCCCACACUAGAGGACUAUCAGAACCAAAACAAGCAGCUUCAAGAAGCAGAGCAGCAUGCCACAGAGCUGCAGGAGAAAGUUAAAGACAUGGAGAGUCGUGUUGAAGCAACAAACUCACAGCUACGAGAAAAAGAUGCACAUUUAGAGGAGCAAAAACGCAGAGAGAGAGACCUGUUAACCACCAUCACUGACAUGCAGCAGCGUGUGCGGCAGGGCCUGGAGGACGGUGCGCGACUCCCCUCUCUGGAUUUUGAAAAACUUAGAGGAGAGAAUGGUGCUCUGAGAGAGGAGCAGCAGAGACUUAAAAAGGUGAUUGAGAAGCAACACCGCAUGAUGGAACAGCUUGGCUCCCAAAUUCAGUCUUUGGAGGAGCAGAUGUCCCAGGAAGAGAGCACCUCCCAUGCUCUCAGAGAAGAUGUUCUGGCCAAAGAGCAGAGUUUGUUGGAACUCCGCACAGCCAUGAAAGAACUUUCAGCUCAGAACCAGGAGCUAAUAGAACAGAACCUGACCCUCCAGGAGCAGCUGAACGAGCCUGAGCUUAGGGACAUGUCCCAGGCCUCAGGUCUGAACCCGGCCAGCACAAGGCUCACCCGCCGCCUCCACACUGAGAUCGCCUCCUGCCUCAGCGACCUCCGCUCACUAUGCAGCAUUCUGACCCAGCGAGCACGGGGGCAGGACCCAAACCUCUCUCUUCUCCUCGGCCUCCAAACCCCUGCACCAGCGUCUGAGCAGGACGAGGACUGGACCAGUCCAGAGGUGCUGCAAAAGAAACUGGCUGAAGCUCAACAGCUCCGCAGAGAUGUAGAGGAACUUCGCAAUGUGAUCUUGGACCGCUAUGCACAGGACAUGGGGGAGAACUGUAUUACCCAAUAACCUCCCCUAAUGCUUUCGCAACAGACUGUGUAAGGCACACUUAUUUCUGAAGCAGCUACAGUGGCUCUUCCUUUGAGCAGUGUUUGAAUGUCAGAAAGGACAAUUACAUUCUUCAAACGAGGACAGUGAAAAGCCCAAAUGAUUUAGCUUUUUCUUGUCAGUGGAGCUCGCCUGUAGCUAAGAGACCCUCCCUCCCCCCAGUGACUUUAUCUAUUUCAGUCCAAGGGCUAACAGAAAAUAACUUACCUCUUAUACUUGAUCCAUAAAUGUGGUUUGUGUGCAUUUUUAAUAAUAUUGACACAUUAACUGUCAGUUACAGCAGUCUUAUUUUAUGUUGAUCUUAGUGAAUAGCAUUUUGUGUAGUCCCAUAAGUCUAAUUUAUUAAAUGCUGAUUUCCCCUUUUAGGGAAAUUAUAAGUGGUUGACAAUCAACUGACAUUAUUUAAUCUCCUUGUAAGUUAACUCGCAAAGACAAUGUUACUAAAUGCCAUUAUUUACAAUGGCUAUAGUGUAACAUAGGACUCACACAGUGAGAGGUAAACGUACACCUGAACUUUCUAAUACCAAAACAGCACUGUUGUAUAAUGAGCUGUACACUAGAUUUACUACCAAAGAAUCUGGUUUGUGAAUGUUUGAGUGUGUUUUCUGCUGCAGGCCCUGUUUCAAAGCAAAUACCAACAUGUGCCUUUCCUUUACAUCUGCAGCAGACCAACAGUAAAGGGCUGUCUGCAGCAAUCUCUUCUAGUCUCACUUUUCUGCUUUUAUGAACUGGUAGGACGGUUUAUACAAUACAUUCCCUGACGUUGAAUGUAGGUUGUUUGUAAAGGCCCUUAACUGCUUUGUGCUCCAUGCUAGAAAGGGCCUAGAAUUGUGUUGAAUUUACAGCGUACAGUGCAUAGCGUAACCUUACAGUAUGGCAGGCAGCUGACUGAUAAUGGUGGACCUGCUAGAGAAGUGUUGUUUAUUAGUGACUGAGUAACAGUAUUAAUCCUCAGUAUUAUUUAUUGUUUUUGUUUGCAAUGACAAUUCAGAGUGAACGCUUCUGGUUUGUCCAAAUGUGAUGCUGUAAUAAUGUGCUAAAACGUUUGAGGAAAUGUUGCAUUUGUUUUGUGAAAAGGUCCCAUGAAGUGACAGUAUUUUCUAUGUCUGUUGGUUCUUUAUGUUUGAAAGGGGAGCAGUAUUCAUGUGGCAGCAGACUUAUCCCAGGUGUGUAGAGGGUUGGCUGGAUCAUCCCACACACACCACUGUUAUUUUCGUUUACCUGCUUGUACAGAAAGCCAUUGAAAACUAGACACUUUAAAAGGAGACAAAGGGAUUUUUAUUAGAUACAGAAUAUGAAAUAUGCAAGAUUUUGAAUAAUUGGUUUAAUAACAGGGACUGAAGCCAUUUCUCAUUUCAUGGGAUCUUUAACUUGACUAGCACAAGAUUUAUCAGGCUCCGCAUGCCUUAACAUCUCAAUGUUUUGCAAAAAGGGAAAAAAUGUUUAUAUUUUCAUACCUUGUUCUUGUUUGAAUUUUGACUAUUUUAGCAAUAAAGACUUUCAACAGUUAAUCCAAAU